CGCCGCCGCCAACCGAGCAGCCAUGAGGAGGUCUUCCGCCGUCAGAGCCACAGCUGCGAUGAUGCUCGCCUUUCUGGCGGCCGUCUCUGCCGCGGCUGUCAUCCCCGCACCCUAUCCAGAUGGGGCAGCGGACUCGGCAGAGGACGGCGAGUCCGGGCCGCCGCUGGUGCUGCUGCCUGGGGGCGAGAAGCGCGCCGCGGAUGACGGCGGCCGCCUGAUGCUGGGGCUCGGUAAGCGAGGCGGCGACCGCUACACGCCAUACAUUAGCGUAGGUGUCCUAAGCAACAUGCAGCAGUUCUUCGACAACCUCCGCUCAAACCUGGAAACCAUAGAGUCUAUGCCCAAAGAAGAAAGAGAGGCUCUGUUGGGACAAGCUCCAGUUGUCACAGAGCAAGACCGAGAAAUACGACCAAAAGCCACUGCUGCUUACCUUCAUGCCUUGAGAAAUCAUCGACCUUCAUAUAAAAUUCGUAAUUUUGUGGCAGAAUCUGAAACUAGAAGCUCACAUGGUAGAUACGACCCAGGCUACCUCUGGACAGGGCUUGGAAGGAAACGUUAAAUUUCAAGGAGUUACUGAUUCUAGCAUAUGACAUCAGUAUCAGAAAUCCUAAGCAGUGCCAAACUAUUAUUACAUAAUUAAUCAGCACAAUUUCUAAUCAAUGUAAAGUAUUAAUAUAACUUUCAAGUAAAUAUCUGAAAAAAAUAAAAAUCACCUUAAAGGUUAACACUGUUCUUACAUCUUUUCACAGUGAUAAGUGAAUCAUUCAUUUGAUGACACUUAAAUUCUGUUACUAAAAAUGGGGUGUUUCAUAGGAAUGAACAAGUAAAGCAGUUGUACAAAUAAACUAUGUGCUAUGGUGUCCCAGGGCACCAGCCGCAGCUCUCAUGACAGUUACAAUGCGUGGAUGAAAGUAGGUGAUGCUUGCACACUCUGUAGCAACCAGACUGCAAUCCAGACUGCCAGGAGGUGAACUAAGAACUAUGUACCACUGGGUACCUCUCCAGUCAUCAGCAAGAGGUCAUUGGCCACACCACAAAACUAUGCCCCAAUCCAGUCUCAAGUGACUAGUGGGCAGCAUGUCUCUUCCUAAAGAGUGAGGAAACCACUGGUAGAUAUUACAAACAGCUUUGUUAUUAGCUUGCAAAAACAAUAAGGAUAACAAGAAAUUAAUUACACCUUUUCAAUGGUUCUAACUAAAUACAGUUCAAAGGUAUAGGUUCCAACAACCUCCAGGAGCUGCAAAAUUACAGUAGCUGCACUCGAAGAAGCCGAACUUCUAAGUGUGAUACAGCCUU